AUGCCAAACAAGCUAUGGGAAAGAGUGAAACUGCCUCACAAUUAUGAAAAAGCCCUUGAAAUCAUCGACAAAAAUCUGAUGUAUUGGCCACAGUUUCUUGUACACAAGGCAAAACAACGGUUGACUAAAAUGACACAAAUGCGUAUACGCAUGAGGAAGCUUGCCCUUAAAACAAGGGAAAAGAUAAUGACAACUCCAAGGAAAGAAAAGAAGAGAGAAGCUAUAAGAGAGGAAAAGGCUGAAAAGGCAGCUAUAUUGGACAAGAAUAUCGAAAAGGAAUUGUUGGAGCGUUUAAAAAAUGGAACUUAUAGUAGUGAGAUAGUUAAUGCUCAUGCUGAAGCAUUUAAUAAGUUUAUUGAACAAUUUGAGGGACCAGAAAUGGAUGUUAAUGAAGAGUACGAGGCGAAUAUGAAGAGGAAGAUGAUAUGGAGGAUUACAAUGGUCUUCCAACCGGUUCCGAUGGAUGAUGAAGAUGAAGAUGAUGAUGAUGAUGAUGAUGAUGAUGCUGAGGUGGCAGUAGAUAGAAAGAGAGGAAGGAAAGAUUCCAAAUAUGCUUUGAAGAAACAGGAGAGAGAUGCUAAGAAGAAGAAAGGAAGAGUACUUGUUGAGGUUGCUGCAAAAGUUGCAAAAGGGGAACUAAACUCUGCAUUUGCCGUUGUUAGACCUCCUGGACACCAUAGAAUUAGGUAUUAA